AUGGCAGCAAGUGCAAACCAGUAUUUCUGCGGCGCCAAGGGGUCCAUGGUCGCAAAUGGGUACGGCAAACCUAAUGCCUGGAGUCUUCUCUGCGUCGAAAUUGGGCCACCCUCCAACGAAGACAAAUACGAGGAUGACGCCACACCAGAACGCCGAACGCAAGAUGUGGAGGAUCCUGUGCCGCUUCCGGAGUUCGACCCACCACUCGCCGUUACCAGAAGCCUGAAGCAACCGGAUCUCAGCCAAGAACAUGCCGCCGAGGAAUUCAAAGCCGGCCCACUUGCCGCAGCACAAGCAGUAUAUCAUCAAUGCAAAAUUGAUAAACUGUCGUAA